AUGUCUACACCACAACCCCCCCAGCCAUCUCCAUCCCCAGCACAAGCCAACGGCGCCUCCGGCUUCCAGUUCAACCAGUUUCAGCAGCUGCAAAAUGCCGGCGUGAUGGACCCACGAUUGUUCCAGCUGCAGCAGUCGCAGAUGGGCGUGCCAAACUCGCCCAUCCAGAACCGACCAGGCGACCCGGGCCCACAGUCACAACAGCACCAGCAGCAGUUUCCAGGACAAGCAUCGCAGCUCGCGCAACAACUCCAUCAACAGUUCGGGCAACAGUUUCCGCAGAUGAUGCCUGGUCAGCAGGGAGGAAUGAGGCCUCCUUUCAACCCAGCCAACCUCCCGCCCCAGCAAUUGGCCAUGUUGCAGCGGCUCGCGCAGGCCCAACAACAACAACAGCAACAGCAACAGCAACAACAACAGCAACAGCAGCAGCAGCAGCAGCAGCAGGGCCAGCCCGGCCAGCUGAAUCCUCAGCAGAUUCAAAUGGCGAUGGCUGGCCUGCAAGCUCAAGGGCAAGGCGGGGGCAACCUCACCCCACAGAUGCUCGCCGCUGCUGCGGCCAUGCGUGGCAUGCCUCCAGGCCAACAGCUGAACCCACAGCAGCAGGCCAUCCUCGCCCAAAUUGCCAACAACCAGGCGAUGCAAGGCCACCCCGCAGCGUCGGCUCUUCAAGCGCAACGAUUACAACAGUUCUUGCAGCAACAGCAACAACAACAGCAACAGCAGCAGCAACAGCAACAAUCACCUCAGCAGCAGCAGCAGCAACAACAGGCCCCUCCAGGCAUGCAGCAACAGCAGCAUCAGCAGCAACCACUCCAGCCUGGUCAGCCUGGAGGUGGCAUGACGCCGGAAAUGGCUCGCGUCCAGAUGCAAGGGCGGCAAUCUCCAGCCGUCGGGUCGCCUGCCCGUCCUCCUGGCUCGAUGCCACCACCUGCUCUACCUUCAGGCGCAUCACCUCGGCCCCACGCGAUGGCUCCUCCCGGUCAGCAGCCAGGUCAACACCCAGGGCAACAGCAACAACCGCAGCCGCGGUUCUCCUUGAAUCACCAACAGCAGCAGAUGAUAGCUGCGCAAAGACAGCUCUUGAUGAAUACGCCGCAGUUCAAGGCGCUGCCUCCCCAGGCACAACAGCAACAGUUGCUGCUGAUGCAGCAGAACAUGUUACGCGCAUUCUUCCAACAGCAACAACAACAACAGCCAGGCGGGCAAGGGCCACAACAGCCUCCUCAACAACCCCAAACGUCUGUGCCGCCACCCCAGCAGCCACCCCAGCAGCCUCCGACUCCGACUCAAGUGCAUCAGAGCCCGGUCCCCGCUUCGAGUAUCCCGCAACACCUGGCAAUGAACCGUCCUGGUUCCGCUGCUUCCCAGAGGGCACCGUCACCUCACCCGUCAUUGGGCGGUCCAGGAUCGCCUGCGGUUCGACCCAUGGCGGCCACACCUCCAUCUCAAGCCGGAACACCUGCACCCGGAGUCACAUCGACACCCGCACCCGCCGCGGCGUCUCCAGCGCUGUCACAUCAUUCCCAUCCUGCGUCGACGCCUCAGCAGCCUCUUCCGCCGGCCUCUCCUAUGCCACCUGGAGCCGCCGAGGGUAACAGGACGCCGUUGGUCCAGCCCAUCAGCGUCAACGGCCCGUCAGGCCUGAAUGGCCUUCCCGGGUUUCCGAACCAAUCGCCUCAAGCGAUGCAUGCGAUGCACGGCGCUCAAAUGAGCCCACACAACGGUAACGUUCCUCGUCCGUUCCCACCUGGUAUGAUACCCGCUGGUAUCCCAGCAGGCGCGCUUCAAAACAUGACGCCAAGUCAGCGGCAGCAGAUGGCGCAGGCUAUGGGCUACUUCUCUCAGGCAGGACAAGGGCAGCAGUCUGGCGGGCCACCUGGUCCUCCACCUCCCGGUCAAUCACCGGUGCGGCCACAGGACGGCCCUCCUGGCAUGCCUGGGAUGAUGGCUCAGUUCCGCCCACCAGACGGCAUCAACGUCAACGAGUUCCCUUUCAACCCGCAGCUGUUGACGGUCCUGCCGCAGAUGGCCAACCCUCAAUGGCGCGAGCAAAUGCAACAGCGGAGUCCCCAGCACUUCCAGGAGCUUAUGAUGAUCUCGCAUCGGAUCCAGACCGGCCAGAUCGCCCCCACAAUGCUGCAGAAAAUGCAGAAGUUCUACGGGGCAAUGCAGGCCUUCCAGGCUGCCCAGCGAGCCCAAGGGCAGGGCCCCAUUGGUCCCCAAGGUCAGCUAAUGGGCUUCCCUCCACACCCAGGCAUGCCGCAACCACCCCAAAUGGGCGGGUCCCAAAACGGUCCUCUACCGCCUGGCGGGAUGCCACCUGGUCAGUCACAGCGGAUGUGGCCUCCCCAACCAGGGACAGCCUCUCCAGCUACGCCAACCGCUCGGCCACCGCCUGCGCAAAUCGCUCCAGGCUUGGCGCAGCAGGGCUCGGCCCCUCCUGAGUCCCCUGCUUCCGUCAGCAGUCGUCGAACUAGCAAGCAGGAGAAACAACGGGAGAGCACGAUGCCGCCACCGACAUUCAUACCGUCCCAUGGAACCCCUAGUCGCCCGCCAGCUCCGGAGGCCGCUGCUCCAUCGCAGCCAUCUCAACCUGGCGCUCUUCCCGUCAAGGAAUGGGAGGGCCACGUACAGCUUGACCUACCCAUCACGCAGAUCACUCCACUUCCCACUGACGAGAUUGACGAGAGGGCGGACCCCACCUUCGGCGGCAAGCUACCUGAGCUUUCCCAAAGUGAGACUGCGGAGAUCAAGGCGUCCAUGCACCGCGACAGGGACUUUGCUGCCAGCAUCCCGGAGCACCGGAAGAAGACUGGUGCCAAGAUGACCCGCUGGAAGGAGAACGAGGAGCGCGCCACCCCCUGGUGGAUGUUGCGCAAGGGUGAGACCGUGCCUCCGCGUGCGGCUGGAGGAAGGUUAGCCAUUCUUUACCCGGCCGACAAGGCUGCGCAGAGACUUAAAGCCCGCAAGCGCCGCGAGAUCCGAUUCACACCUGAACAGCUCAAAUCCAUGGCCGAGGUCGAAGACCACUGUGUGCCGGUCCGUCUCGAGCUUGAACAUGACCACCACCGGUUCAGCGACACCUUCAUGUGGAACUGCUCUGACACUGUGGUGACUCCCGAGCUCUUCGCGCAGUCCUUGUGCGACGAUUUCAAGCUCCCGCCCAACCAGUUUGUACCGAAGAUUGUCGCCGCGAUCAAGGAACGGGUGCGCGAGUACCAGGAUCAGGUUCUGCCUAUUCAGCCUGCAACAGACGUCACCGGCAAGGGAUCUCUCGACGACGACGAGGGUCAGAGCAUCCUUGAAACCUUCCGACGGGCGCACGAGGCAGACGACGAGGAGAUCAAGACGGACGAGGGCGCCGACCAGGACGACUCUCACAUUCGCAUCGUGGCGUUUGAUGAUGACUUUGGUGAUAAGGUCAUGACUGUCGAAGAAGCGAUGGCCUGCAUGCCACCUCCCUCUGACGACAACGAGCUGCGCAUCCUCAUCAAGCUGGACAUUAUGGUCGGUACGCAGAACCUCUCGGACACAUUCGAGUGGGACCUCAACUCGAGGGUGCCACCUGAGGAGUUCGCAGCAUCGUACUGCCGCGACCUUGGCUUGAACGGAGAGUUUGUCACCGCUAUUGCUCACGACAUUCAUGAGCAGAUCGUGACGCACCAACGGUCGCUCUUCUUAGUCGGCCAUACUGAGGGGGCAGGGUACAUUCAUAACGACGAUGUGCGCGGCGCAUUCCAGCCGCCCCUCACCUGCGCGUUGCGCAAGGAAGACCUUGCCAUGGCGCAGUUCACACCAGUCCUCGCCAACUUCACCGAGGCCGACGUGCAGGCGAUCGAGAAGGAGCGUGAGCGCGAGCGGAAGCGGAGCAAGCGCCACACUCGGGGACGGCGCGGCGUCGUGCUCCCAGACCGCGAGCCCCUCAAGACAAUGCGUACCCUGCUUCACCCCACCAUCGACCCCAACGCGCCCGUGUCAGAGCCCGUGGUGGUGGCUCCGAUCAUCAACAGCACUCGACGCGCAGCCGCCAUUGCUGCGCAAGCAAACAUCCAGGUGUCACUCCAGGACUUGCCAAUACCCGACCGAGCGCCGUCACCGCCUCAGAUCCACCACCUGCGGGCCGUGAACAAGAAACAAUCUCUUCCACGGUUCUCGCGCGGCGCGUCGCGUGCUUCGCCUAGCUCGACGCGCGAGGGCUCUGUCGUCAACGGCGACCACACGCCGACGAUCGGGUUCAAGCGGCAUCUGCGCGAGGACUCGGAAGACGUCGGCUCUCCGAUCCCGCCCCGCAAGCGGCACAACGGGCGGGUUGCCGACAGCCCUGACCUGGACGACGAUGUCAAGGAGGAGCGGCCCCCGUCGCGGGCUUCAGUGAAGCCAUCCACGCCAGUGCCUGUCAAGCAGUGGCACUGCAAGCAUUGCGGGGUUCCCGAGACGCUUGCUGGUGUGAAGAUGAAGGAUGUCAACGGCCUGCUCGACCUCUGCGCCAAAUGCGGCAACCAUCUGCAGCGCACUGGGCGCAAGCGCAGCGUCGAGUACAAUGAGGACGAGGAGUACCACCGGCUACUGGAUUCUGGGCCAAACUCUGGUGCGACGUCCCCGUCUGCGUUUGAUGUCCCCGCCCCGAGCCCGAAGAAACGACAGGCUGACGAGAGCGACUCGAGCUCGUCCGGCUCGGAUAGUGACAGCGACGACUACGACGAUGCGGCGGAGCGAAAGCGCAAGCGCGCCAAGCUUGCGGCUGCCAAGUCGGCCGCCGUCAAGCCGAAGAAGGAGACGCCGGCACCGGCAACACCUGCGACGCCUGUCGCGGCACCUCACGGCCUGCCACCCGACGGGCCGCAACCGCCAGCAUGGGCACGUCAGGCGCUCAUCAACAUGAACUCCAAGUAUCCUGGUUCGCGGUUUGUAUUCACAAUCAAGGCGCGUCCGGCCGACCAGCCCCAAGGCGAGCCGCAAUGGCGCGUCAAGUGCCCAGACUGCCCCGGCAAGAUCUACCCGCUGGGGCCCGGGCAGACGCUCGACAACUUUGAGGCACAUGCCAAAUAUCGCACGCAUACGGCCAACGUGCAGCAGCGCAUUGCGACGCAUGGGUCUUAG